AUGGGCAAUCUAGUAUAUUAUGAUCUCAGCGAGUGGGGCGAGAUAGAUGCACUUUGUCGAGUGUUUGACGAUGAUGAGAUAGGUGGAUAUGAUAUUGCAUGGGAUGGUGGGGGGGGAGGAGGUGGAGGCAGAGAUGAUAUUGGAGAUGGAGAUGGAUAUGGAGGAGAUGCAGGAGACCAUGGUGCUGGAGAUGAUGAUGGAGGAGAUGAUGAUGGGGGGGAUGGGGGAUAUAAUGAUGGGGGAGAUGGGGAAGAUGAUGAUGGGGGAGAUGGUCGAGUAGUGGCAGUGGCAACGACAACGACAGGCACACCCGGAGCUAGCAAUUCUAGAUCUGCUAGAGAUGUAUAUACAAAUUGGAUGGCCCGAGUGGUCAGACACAGGAGAUCAGGGGCAUUAGGUUCCAGAGCAGGAGGUUCCCCUGGAUUUUCACAGCUGAGCAGGAGAUCAGGACAGAGCCAGACUGAGAGUCGAGGAGUGACAGGGCCACUUCAGAGAGUUCCCCCAUGUGGGGACUCAGGUACAGGGGUACGAGCUGGUGUUACUCUACCUGCUGCAUCAGGACAAAGUUCCACUCCACCUCCUAGUGGUCACACUGAUAUGGGACAUUGA